AUGAAAAGAGUUACAAUAAACAUGUUGCUUCAACAAGUUCAACAACUAAAAACAAGUAAUAAAUUCAAAAAAGUUGAAAGCAAAAAAUUGCUUUGCGAAUUACAUAUCCAAAUGCCUCGUAAUGAAUGCCAUAUAUUUUCAUUUAUAUUAAUUAAAACACGUGUUUUUCUUCUUUUUGAAUGGAUUGAAAAGCUUAAAUUAUUUCUUUUACUUGUUAAUAAUUUAAAUUCGAAUGAAUUUUCUUCAAAAAAUGGAAUUCAUUGUCGUAGUAGUUCAACAAAAACAAUUCAACAUCAAAAACAACAAAAAUAUUUUAAGAAUAAUUUAUCACAAGCAGAAUUAACCCAUUCAUCAUUAUCCACUUCAUCUUCUUCAACAAAUAUAAUUAAUCAAAAUAAAAUUAUUUCAAUGUUUAAAAUUACUUUAAAAGAUUGUGAAUUAAUUAUAUUAGAAGAUGAAAGUAAAUGUGACAGUUUUGCUUUAAUUACAAAUUGUAGUGGUGUAAUUUUAUAUAAUGUCUAUGACGAUAAUGAACUUUAUGAUAUACAAUGUGAAAUACAGGUAAAUAUAGGUUAA